CAUCUGUGCGCCCGUAUCGGAGGGUUGACACGGGGGCAGAGGCAGUCCAGCAGCUCGUCAGAUGGACAUCUUCUUUAUCUGAGGUUCACAUCACAAGAAACAAGGAAACCAGCCAGCCGGAGGCCUUGAUCCUCCGCACAGCCGGCAGCAACGGGAAGAGACACUGAUCAGAACCAGACUGUGACAUAAGACAAAGCUGAAUGAAGUGAAAUGAUGACAUGCGUAAAGACUGACCAACGGAACAGCAACGUUUGAGACAGGACCGCCAAUUGUUCCAUGAGGAAUCAGGUGCCAUGGAGCUGAUGGGGGUCCGUCUCCUGGCGCUGGCCUUGUGGGUUGGCAUUGGAGAAGAACUCCAAGUUCUGGGCAACCAGAUGAAGCCGUCCCGGGCGCCUCUGAUCCCCCACCGGCCUUUUGUUGUCAUCUGGAAUGCUCCAACGGAGUCCUGCCGCCUUCGAUUCAAGGUGGACUUGGACCUUAGCGUUUUUGACAUCGUAGCAAACCUCAACGAAACCCUGAGCGGACCGAAUGUCACCAUAUUCUACCACGGACACUUGGGGUACUACCCGUACUACUCCAACUCCGGGAUCCCCAUCAACGGUGGACUGCCGCAGAACCAGAGCAUCUCCAAACAUCUGAGCAAGGCCCGGGCAGACAUCGACAAACUAAUCCCCCACAAGGAUUUCCGAGGCUUGGCGGUCAUUGACUGGGAGAACUGGAGGCCACAGUGGGUGAGAAACUGGGGCGCAAAGGACAUUUACCGCAAUAAGUCCAAGGAACAGAUCCGGAAACUUCACCCCAACUGGCCAGAGAGCAAAGUGGAGAAGGAGGCGAAGGAAGGUUUUGAGAGGGCUGGGCAGACCUUCAUGAACCUGACCUUGGCCCUGGCUGAAGGUCGCAGGCCGGACGGGUUGUGGGGGUUUUACCUGUUCCCGGACUGCUAUAACUACGGAUACAAGCAGCACCCGCAGCGGUACACGGGCGAAUGCCCCAACGUUGAGCAUGUGCGCAACGACCACCUGAUGUGGCUUUGGAAGGAGAGCACGGCUCUCUUCCCGUCCAUCUACCUGGACCACGAGCUCAGGUCCUCCUCCAACACUGUAAAGUUUGUCCACUACCGGGUCAAAGAAGCCAUGAGGAUUGCGUCCAUUGCCCGAACAGACUUCACACUUCCAGUGUUUGUCUACUCCAGACCUUUCUACGCCUACACCUUUGUUGUUCUCUCCGAGAGCGAUCUGGUUCACACCAUUGGGGAGAGCGCCGUGUUGGGAGUGUCAGGCGUCGUCCUCUGGGGAUCCUCAGAGUACGCACGAUCACAGAGCAACUGCCUGACGGUGAAGAAGUACAUCGAUGGCCCGCUGGGACAUUACGUCAUCAACGUCACCUCCGCCGCCAAGCUGUGCAGCAAAGCGCUUUGCAAGAAGAAUGGCAGGUGCGUCCGCAAGAGCCUGGACUCCGGCGCUUACCUGCACCUGAACCCGCGCUACUUCCACAUCCACCGCAACCCGGCGCCCAGAGGCCCCCGCUUCCAAGUCAGCGGGCACCUCAACAACCACGACAUCCUGGACAUGAAGCACAAGUUCACCUGCCAGUGCUACCAGGGCUGGACUGGCGUUUACUGUGAGAUGCCCCAGGCUCCUCCUCCUCCUUUGGCGCCGCCUCAGCCUGCCUCCCCCCUGCCUCCGCCCUUGGAGAACAGCCUGCUGGGAGAUACCCUGCUCCUCCUGUCCCUCCAUUUAUCCUGUCUCUGCAUCGUCAUGUCCUGGGACUCUGUCUGAUUAUCAAGUGUCUGAUACUGUAGAUGAUAAGGCUUUAGCAUGUUAGCCAAACCUGACCUGAGAUCAGCUGCAGGAAACGAUGUGGAAUGGAUUGUCUCAG